UCGUGAUGGGCGACAUAGCCAUGUCGCGGGAGACGUACCGACGGCGAAGCCGGCAGGCCAAGCUCGGGGUCGGCUUCAACAUUACGGACAGGGGCCCCAGGUUCCGCAGCAAACGGCGGCGACACCGGCACCGGGAGCGCGCGGGCAAGAACCGCCGACGCGUCCGCGCCGCCACUGCGAGGCCCGAGAGGCUCUGGGACCACGCCGUCAUCCCCUACGAGAUCGAGUCCAACUUCAGUGGGGAUCACCGAGCGCUGUUCAAGCAAGCGAUGCGCCACUGGGAGAACCACACGUGCAUCAAGUUCGUGGAGCGUGGCCCCGAACACCAGCACUACAUCGUCUUCACCGAGAGGCCCUGCGGAUGCUGCUCGUUCGUCGGAAAGCGGGGCAACGGCGCACAGGCGAUCUCCAUCGGCAAGAACUGUGACAAAUUCGGCAUCGUGGUGCACGAGCUGGGCCACGUGGUCGGCUUCUGGCACGAGCACACGCGGCCUGACCGCGACCAGCACGUCGACAUUGUCACCCGCAACAUCAUGACCGGCCAAGAGUACAACUUCAACAAGCUCACCGACGAGGAGGUCAAUUCUUUGGGCCUGGCGUACGACUUCGAGUCUAUCAUGCACUACGCGCGCAACACGUUCUCCAAGAGCACGCACCUGGACACCAUCCUGCCGCAGGAGAACGCCACCACGAGGCACCGUCCCGAGAUCGGCCAGCGCGUACGUUUGUCGCACGGCGACAUAUCGCAGACCAACAAGCUCUACAAGUGCUCCCAGUGCGGCCGUACCAUGCAGGAGCCGAGCGGCCUGAUCGCGUCCCCGGAGCUGGUGAACAGCGUGACGCCGCUGGCCGAAGGCGAACACUGCGAGUGGCGCGUCACGGCCACGCACGGGGAGCGCAUCGUGCUCAACGUCACCCAGCUGGACAUCUACGAGUCGGACAACUGCGAGACCGACUACGUCGAGGUGCGCGAUGGAUACUGGCACAAGUCGCCGCUGCUCGGUCGCUACUGCGGGACGGGACGCAUACCGGAAAUGCUACUAAGCACAGGGUACCGCAUGCUUAUCGUCUACCGGACCUCGAGCAACCAGAAUGGACACGUUGGCUUCCGGGCUUACUACGAAGCGGUGUGCGGCGGCGACGUGGUCAUGGAGGAGGGCGUCCUUCAGAGCCCCAACUACCCGGAUGACUACCGGCCGAACAAGGAGUGCGUCUGGAAGAUAACCGUGCCGGAAGACUACCAGGUGGCGCUCAAGUUCCAGUCCUUCGAGGUGGAGAAUCACGACAGCUGUGUGUACGACUACCUGGAGGUCCGCGACGGCCAUGAUGCGAGCAGCCAGCUGCUGGGCAAGUUCUGCGGCUACCGGACGCCCGAUGACCUGCGUUCCACCACCAACCGUAUGCUCGUCAAGUUCGUCUCCGAUGGAUCCGUCAACAAGGCCGGCUUCUCGGCCACAUUCAUGAAAGAGUUCGACGAGUGCCAGAACACACAGCAUGGCUGCGAACACGAGUGCGUCAACACCCUGGGCGGCUACCGCUGCGAGUGCAACAUCGGCUACGAGCUACACUCUGACGGCAAAAAGUGCGAAGACGCGUGCGGCGGCAUGAUCGAGGCAUCGAAUGGGACCAUCACGAGUCCAUCGUUUCCGGAUCUGUACCCGUCCAACAAGAACUGCAUCUGGGAGAUCGUCGCCUCGCCCCAGUACCGCAUCACGCUCAACUUCACCCACUUUGACCUCGAAGGGAACAACCAAGACUGCGAGUACGACAAGGUGGACAUCCUCAGCAAGAUGGGCGACAACACGAUCCGGAAGCACGGGCUCUUCUGCGGCUCCUACCUGCCACCCAUCAUCACCUCCGAGGGCAACAGCCUGCGCAUCGAGUUCAGCUCGGACAACUCGGUCCAGAAGAGCGGCUUCGCGGCGGUUUUUCUCACGGACAAGGACGAGUGCGCUCACAACAACGGCGGCUGCCAGCACAUCUGCAAGAACACUGUGGGCAGCUACAUCUGCGCCUGCCAAAAUGGAUUCGUGCUCCACCCGAACAAGCAUGACUGCAAAGAAGGCACGUGCACGCACCAGAUCAGCGCCCCGCUGGGCGAAAUCAACAGUCCCAACUACCCGGACGCCUACCCGAGCAGGAAGGACUGCGCCUGGCUCUUUACCACCACUCCCGGGCACCGGCUCAAACUGAUUUUCAACGACUUUGAGCUGGAGCCGCAUCAGGAGUGCGCGUACGACCACAUCUCCCUGUACGACGGCGACAGCACAGACGCCCCGACGCUGGGUCGCUUCUGCGGGGCCAAGGUGCCCCACCCAAUUCUCUCCACCACCAACCGCAUGUACAUGGUGUUCAAGAGCGACGCCUCCGUGCAGCGCAAGGGCUUCAAGGCGUCCCACUCGACGGCCUGCGGAGGGCGGCUGCUGGCGACCGGGCGCACCGUGGAGCACCUCUACUCCCACGCCAAGUACGGCGAUCAGAACUACGAGAACCGCGAGGACUGCGACUGGCUCGUCGAGGCCGAGUCCGGCCGCGUGCGCCUGCGUUUCCUGACUUUCGAGCUGGAGCACGAACAGGACUGCGGCUACGACUUCGUUCAGCUCUUCGACGGCUACGACGACUCGGCUCCCCAACUGGGGAAGUUCUGCGGGAAUAAGAUGCCGGGCGAGUUCACGUCCAACUCGGGCUCCCUGCUGCUUCGCUUCCGCUCGGACGACAACAUCAACGCCAAGGGCUUCUCGGCUGCCUACUCGGCCGUAGACACCGGCGAGUCCGGCCAGCAGCACGCCCCCACGGCGCCGCCGUUCCCGGCCGGCGCUACCGGCUCGUUCUCCGAAGUGCGCGCACCGCACCACCGGGAACGAAAGCUCAGACUGCACCGCCACUGAGGCACGCGCAUCGGCACCUACCACAGCCAGCUAACGGCGCCAGGGCGCCUCCCAAGCCAUAGUCACAACACAGUCCACAAUCAUCCCCGCCUGCUGCGGAUCGCGCGUGUAGUUUACUCCCUGUCCGGACAUCACCACGUUUCUUUCUUUCUUUUUUUUUUCUUUAUUAGUCCGCCACCCACGAAUGUGCGUCAAGCGCGUGUGGCGGACAAGUGAAUCGUGAACGGCGGAGGCGCGCGAAUCCUGCGCGCCGACGCCCCUUUGUCGCACGCAGUCCCCGAUGAUGAAGGUGUUGCAUCUGUUGGGCUCGUGAGCAGCCUGUAAGCGGCGGGAUCCGUCCGCCGUGAUGAUGGGAAGCAGCUUUCUGUGCUCGGUGACAGAAGUGCGACUCUUCCUGUGAUGCUUGUUGGAUGCUUUCUUUUUUUGUUUUUUGUUUUUGUUUUUUAAUCGCCCUCGGA